AUGGGGAAAGCCGUGGCGAAAAGGCAAUGGUGCGGAUGGCUAUGCCUCAGCUGCCUCUUACUAUACCUUGGAGUGGGCAAAGGCAACUGGACGGAGAACAAAGGUGGCUACAGAAAGGACAACAAGAAGGAGGACUCCAAGGUCCUUUUCCCCUCCUACAACCAGCAGCAACAAUCCAACAUCGUGGUGAUCGCGGAGCAGAAGCACCAGCAGUCCCUCAAGGGAGCCGAAGACGACGAUGUUAUCAAGGAAAUCCAGCGAGCAGUGAAUGCUGCCCGCAAGGCAGAACAGAAGGUCGCCAAGCUCCAGGCCGACUUGCAGAAGGGCCAAGCACAAUGGCGUGGGUACGAGCAGGCUUUGAAGAAAGCCUAUGCCUCAGAAAGAGCAAAGUUCUUGGGCGACCAGACCAAGUUGAGGCAGGACUUGACGGAAGCGUUGGCUGCACAAACAACCACUCGUGGUGCGCUCCGGGCAGCAGCAGUGAGGCAGCUGCAGGAUGCUGGGACAGUUGCUGCCGGCCCAGACGUAGAGAUGGACGAUGCCUGGAUGGCCCUCAUGAAGGAUACGUCCUUUGUGGAAGAGACGGAGCAGAACCAGGAAUUGGAUGGCUGGCUCCGGGAAGAGUUGGAGAGGAUCGGCAGCCCCAACACUGCGGCGGCCGCGAAGGCCAAGAUUCUUGCGGCAAUGAAGGGAGAGCCCUUGCUUUCUGCUGGCGACAGAACUUUCACUCCAUUGAGGCCUACCCGUACUGGCUUGCCUUCGCCUACAAAAGGAGACCCUGUGGCUGGGGACAAGCCUGGGGAGCGGACUGCAAGAGCACUCUUCCCCUUUGGAAGUCCGCCUGGACGUGCGAGAAUGGAAGAAUUGAUGGCAGUCACCAAGGCAACUCAGUACAAGGGCGAUUCGCCAGCCAUCUCGGAUCCCUACCUGGCCUCUCCGACAUUGCCAGACCCAAAGCCGAAGCCAUCUCUGGCAGACAAGCUCAUGGCAGCAAGGGCUACAGCUGCACAGAGUCAGAAGAAUGCUGGGCCUCGCCAUGUUACAGCGGACGUCUUCAUCGACGACGAUCACGAUCACCUGGAUGUGCCGGUACCCUCUGGAUCCGACCUGGACCUUCUGGAUGGGUGA